AGCAAGAGAACCAACUGUCCUGUCAAAUACUGAUGGUAGAUCGCACCCUCAUGGUUGCGAUUCAGGUCUUGCUAGUAUAUAAUAGAUGUUAAUUGGGACGACAUUAUGAACCACUACGCUCGCUGGGGUAUAUCCCCGAAUAUUACCAGGAAAAAUAAGAUGGAAUCGCCUAAAUCGAAUACUGAAACAGAAAUAAAGUCAGAGGAGAGUAAAAGUGAAACUAAAGAAACAAAACAGGAGGCUUGGGGUUACGAUUUGUAUCCAGAAAGAAGAGGAACAUUUACACCUAAAAUAUCCAACAUUUUGUUAGGAAAAGAAGGAAAGGAAAAUCUUGAAAAGAUUAAAUGUGAAAAGAAUGUUUACCACUGCGUUAAAAACAGCCCAAUAGUAAAAACUAUGAUGGCGGCUCUAAAAAGUUCUGGUUGUCCUAUUGAUAUAAGAAGACACAUAUCCUGUGAAGUGUGUGACUAUUCUGUGAGCGGAGGAUAUGACCCUCAGUUAAACCAGAUUGUUGUCUGUCAAAAUGUGUCCACAAAAGAAGGCAUGGUCCAAGGUGUUCUAACUCAUGAAAUGAUCCACAUGUUUGAUUAUUGCCGGAACCAUUUGGAUUUCAGAAACAUGGAACACCUGGCAUGUACUGAGAUCAGAGCGGCAAACUUAACUCAUUGUUCAUUUUUAAGUGCAUGGUCCCAGGGAGAUGCUUCAUGGAUCAAAAUAAAGAAGGCACAUGAGGAUUGUGUCAAAACCAAAGCACUGUAUUCGGUGAUGGCUGUUCGUCAGAUUGGCAAGUUAGAGGCGGUGGAAAUUAUAGAGAAGGUUUUCCCAAAAUGCUACAAUGACAUGGAACCGCUUGGAAGAAGAAUGCGUAGGAACUCCGAAGACAUGCACCGUGUGUUUAGAGAGGCGGCAUAUUAUGGGUAUGACAUAUAAGUAGUAAGUUACAACUAGGGUUGCUAACCUUUUUUUGUAAGAAGUAGAGAAAGUCUCAUUCUACUAAAUAGUGCCAAUAAAGAGUACAGUUUGAUAAAAAGGAUAUCCAAAAUUAAUAUAUAUUUUUUUUAUUAUUAAUUUAUAAAAGGGGUUUGGAUACCAUACCAAGUAUUUUUCUCUGAGAAAGUUUUGUGCGAGUGAUAAGUUAAAGUGCAUAAUGGGCAAGUCCCACAGAGUCAGUAUAUUAAAAAGAGUGCUUUAAGUGCAUACACUGUUUUUUGUAGGUUUUAGAGUACACAUACACGAAGUAUAAUAAAAUACUCUGUUUUAGACUACGGUUAGCAACCCUAGUUGUAUCAGUGAUGUGUUUUUAAAGGCCUCCCAUCUAAGAAUAGAUGUAUAUCAUAUAAUCAAAUAGCAAUUAAUGUGUAGAUAGUACCAAUAUUAUGUUUGUAUAUUAGUCUAAUAAUUAGGAAGAAAUAAAAGUUGUAUUUAUUAAAUUAAAAUAA